AGGCUGUCUUAGAUGAUAAUCCAGAAUUACUGCGUGCAUGUUUGACUACAAUACAAAAGACUUUUCAGAUCAUGAAAACAUCAUUGAAACGAAUUUAUGGUAAGAGGAGCAGUAUAUUAUUUAAUUUGGCGUGAUAACGAUUUUAAAAAUAAAUGUUUUACCCAUAUUAUCCGCGAAUUAAUGCAUAUGUUUUAUAGCUAUUAUCAAUACUGUAUUAAUAUACACCUUCAUAAGUUCGUCAUUACCACCAUCAUUUUCUUCAUCAUCUUCUUGAUCGUCAUCAUCAUGUUCAUUAUCACUAAAGUCAACUUCAUCAUCAUGACCUCUUCCCCCAUUUUCAACAUCAUCAUCUUCAACACUUUCAUCAUCAUCUUCUUCAUCGUCACUUUCAUCAUCAUCUCCAUCAUGAUCUGUAUCACCUGAAGUUGGCUUCGGCGGCGCACUAUAGGAGUUUCGGUGGCACGGUUGUCAGAGCAAGCGACUUUUACCAAUGAGAUCGUGGGUUUGAUUCUCUCGUCGUUCAUUCGGGUGAAAAGAGUCAUGCUCUGCCGAAAGUCGUGGCUUUUCCCCGGGUACUCCGGUUUACUCACACAGAAAGUUGAUAGGGUGAGUAAGGAUAAAUACUGAUAACAUGCAGUACAGUUAAGAAAGUAAUUUCACAAUUGUUGUAAGGGAUAAAAUACUGUAUGUAAUUAGGUAAGCGUAUAAUACUCGAUGUAAAGCGCAUUUGAUCAUAUCCGCUUGAAUGUUAAUUUGCGCUAUAGAAAUCUUAAUCUUAAACCUUUAAUCUUAAGUUGAUUUCGAAUUUUUGUGUCUUUCAGAGCAUUGUGAUCCUGCUUUCUUUUAUACGAAGCUUCGCGUAUUUUUAUCUGGGUAUGUUUGGCAGUAAACACCUACAUCUGCAUAGGAUAUAGCCAUGCAUGUAAGGUUGAUUAAAUAAGUUUAGUGAUGAAGCCAAAUCCAUAAGACAUGACCUACGAUUCCUAGGCCAGUUCGGAUAUAUGUUCGAGUAUAAGUCCACCAGUAAAAGUAUGGCAAGAUAUGGGAACUGAAAUCUAGAGCAGUCUAGGAGUGUGAUUUGAAAAAUUGAAGAUUGAAAAAGUUUUUGCACUACAGUAUAUGGCGCAGAUUUGAAAAAAAUUUUAGUUGAAAUCUCAGUUAGUGAUAUUUCUUUAUUUUAGUUUUAGAUAUUCACAAUAAGUAUUUGAUCAUUCGUAUAAGUUUAUAUAAUUUGCACUGAUCCGGACAUAUGGGUCGUGAGGUUUGCCCAAUGAAUAAUUGUGCAUGGUGUUAGAGUAUAGCGAUCAAUUCAUUAUUGCAUUUCAAACGGAUUUUUUAAAUGUUUCUUUUUUAAGGAUUUAUAUUUCGGCAACUCAAUCAACAGUGAUGGUUUUAAUUUGCUUGAUAAUUUAAAACAAUGUUACGGAAACUUACGGUUUUAUUUUAAAUGUUCUCAAUUUUUUAAACUGUACAGGAAUAGCUUGUUUGUUUACAUUUUAAAUAAUAUGUUUUUAAUUUAUAGUUGGAAGAACAGCAAGUCACUACCCGAUGGAAUUAUUUAUGAAGGAGUGAGCACGAAACCAUUAAAGGUUUGCAUUAUCCUACACAUUAACAGCGGGGAAUUUGUGGGUAUGAGCGCUGAUAUUCGCAUUGGAGGAAAUGACACUUCGUUGCGAGAGAGAUUUCAAAGAAACCUUGAAGUUACUGAAUCGUAUAACGGUCCACGCAACGCUUUAAGGCAUGUAAUGUAGGUUAUAUGUAUUCAAAGAAUAAUAGCCGUUGCCUUCAAAGAUAGGAGGUUCUAAUUAAGCUGGUUUUCGCCUACGAACAUCACUAUAUUUAGAGAAACGUUGUGUCAUUUUUCUGCGCGUGUAUCUGCUCUUGUUUACUGAUGUGUUGGUUAUUACUCGCUGGGGCACUCUGUGCCCCAGACGAGUAUAGGUUUCGGCACGCAUUUUUCUCCGAUAAUCGAUCGAUAGCCACAAAAUAGAAUAUUAAUGAGCUGCCUAAUUUUUACCCCCAUUAUCCAUAAGGCUCCUGCCAAGUUUUACCCAAAUUAUCCAUAAAUACCAUCAUUUUCCAAGAAUACCAUUUUUUCAAGAAUUUUUCUAAAUUUAAACGGGCUUAAACGAAUGUAAACUUCACCUUGCGGAUCGAUAAUUCCAUGCGCUAAUGUAAUUUCUUCUUCUUUUUUAAUUAGUUUUCAGGAGCAAGUGGAUCACAGAGUACUACAUUCCAUGUGUUCGAUGCAGUUCUUGGUAUAGUGCAUUCUCGGAAAGGUAUGACACUUAGAGAUCCUGAGAAGAAAAGUAUUCAUUCGCGAUAAACUCAUUGCUGAGUACGCCCACAACUGAUGCCUGGCGAUUCUUAAUAAAGAUUAGACACAGGGUGUACUUUCCCAAAAUUGGGGAACCGAAAAACUUAAGACAGAAAAUCGGCAAAAUAACGACCAAAGAACCAUGAAUUACCGUGCAUUCACACAACACGCAAGACCUAUACGGUUCCUUGCGAGUUGCGGGAGACCAGGGCCGUAGGAAGCUCUUUUCGAUUGGGGCGGCUGAAAGCGAGGGCCAAAGGCCCGAGGAAAUUUUUAAAUUUAGAGUCUCUAAAAUGCCAUUUCCUGGACUUUGGGGGAAGAUUUAACAGAAUUCUGAUAGUCAGAAAACAGCGUUUUAGUAUGUCGAAAUUUACAGGAAAGUAUGGGCCUGACUGUAGUAUUAUAAAUGCGCGGCGGGAAUUUUCGUCGUAAAUGGCAGUUGCGCGGAAAUGAAGGCAGAACAUUUGAGAAAAUUUCGAAAAUCUGGAGUCUCUAGAUGGUCUGAAAUGGCAUUUUCAGAUUUUUCUUUCGCAAGACCCAACACGCAAAAGACAAAAUAAAUCAUUAGUUCAUCAAAAAUGUGCAGAUUUUGUGGGAUUUUCUUGAAAAUGCGCGACAGAAAUUCAGGUAAAAUUUCUACGCGAGGAACGAUCUGGAGUAUGAGUAAUAUCUUCAUUCUUUGCAGUUUGUCACAGAUUAAAUGAUAAAGUUUGCAUGAUUUUGAAAAAAGAAUGAUUAUUAGCAAAUUAUUGGGGUUUGGAGUAUGAGUAAUAUCUGGAGUAUGAGUAAUAUCUUCAUUCUUUGCAGUUUGUCACAGAUUAAAUGAUAAAGUUUGCAUGAUUUUGAAAAAAGAAUGAUUAUUAGCAAAUUAUUGGGGGGGCUGCAGCCCCCCCAGCCCCCCCCCCCCGGUUGCUACGGCCCUGGAGACUGAAAUGAAAUCUGAAUGGGGACAACCUGCACGCAGCCAAUCUGCAGGAACUCGGAAAUCUAUUGCCUUGGUAUAUUUUUCGUAGCCCAUUUUUCGUGUCUUUUCGAAAAAAAACGAUAAUAACUCAAUGAAACGCGAUUUCAAUUGACGUCAAGAUGAUACGAUCAAAACCCGAUAAACUGGUUUUGUCGGAUAUUUUACGUCGGGUUUUUUUACUGAACCGCCCCAGAGCCUAUUUCAAAGUUAAGCCGGUUCGAACCCGGGUUACUUUUCCUAGUGUAAAUUGGGCUAUUGCUUUCUAGCCAAGUUUUCGGCUGAAAGCUGGGAAAACCUGGCUAAAACAUUUAUCGUAGAGCAUGCAAGCAAAUUUAGUCACUAUAAUUUGUUCAAUUGCAACAAGUAUAAUAUUGAAUUUGAUGAUUGCCUUAGGGUGAAGCUUGGACUAAGAAAGUAUAGUUUGCGAGACAUAUUCGCACUUGGCAAGACAAAACGUUUCUCAGACCAAAUAUUUUAGAAAACAUUUUAGCUUUUAAGCUUUCCAAAAAAAGAUAUGCUUUGUUUGCAACACUAUUUACAAAGAUGGGCAUAACAGGGCCACAUUCCGUAGAAUUUGCAGUCACAUCAGGCUACAUAUAUAUUACCUGACCAUGAAAAGCCUGAAAAAGAGCACCACCGGAAAAUUAAACUGUAUAUCCGUAACCGAAAAACGUGGGACUAACCUCGAAUUAUUAAAGAGGGACUGUUUCGGGUCGUACUGUUUUACUGCUUUUAUACCUACGUAUAUGUACUUCAUGCAGUUCUGCACGUUAAAAUGUUUAUUUACAAAUAAUAAGUUUGUCAAUUUAUAGUACCACAAACAAUUUUGGUUAAAUGUGCCCCAGCCAUCUUUAUCGUUAUCAUCAAUUGAACUGAAUUAUGCUUUUCGGUGUCUCAAAUCACACAUAUGAUCAGUGUGUAUAAGUGAUAUCAUAUUUGUUAUUGCCUUGCUGUUAAGGUGGUGAAAAGUCGUUUCUGGAUUUCAUGUUGGAUUACAUGCCACGCGGUCACAGGAAAUUCGUACUGAAUGUCCGAAAAGGACCCUCUGUCCGCAACUAUGGUUUGUAUAUAGUUUCAUACGAUUUUUGAUGACUUUUUAGUGUUAAAUAGACUACGCUAUAAUUAGACUACGUUUAUACAGCAAUUUCAAUUUCUGACACAGUUCACGGAAAAGUUGGUGAACAGAAACAAAGUGGACCCUUGUUUCACUCUGUGCAAUAUCGAGUCAGAGUAAGAAUAUUUGCAAUAAGACGUAGGCCACAUAGCCUUUGAUGCCCAUUUCAGAUUCUGCAUGGGGUUAGUAUUCACUAGUAACCUCGUGAAGGCCUGCGCUGAAAGCUUAAAAGAGUUUUCAAACUUUGUCCCCGAGCCGACGGCGCGAAGCGCCGUGCGAGGGUACUAAUCCCUCCCCCCGGCUAUUUACACCCGGGAAAACGAAAGCAUUAUAGCGAAGUCUAAAGUUCAUCAAUGAUCGCGGGCGUGACGAGUGGGUGGUCAUCCUCACUGAUCUAAAAAAUAUGGCUGAUUGCUUGUAGGAGUGGGAUAAGCAAGAUUUCAAUUUUAAAAGACAUAUAUUUGGAAAAUCGUUUCAUAUACAACAAGCUUGAAGCAAUUUUGUUUCAAGAAAUGUAGCCUGCGAACAGGCCCUGGGUUGCGGGCGGCGCGAAGAAUAGAGGGCCUGCACGGAUGAUAGGUUUUCUUGGUAGUGGCGUUCGUAUAGAAACGCAGGCUUCUGAUUGGCUUACACUCGUUGACAAAAUUACUAAAAAUAGCAAAUGUCAACAACAGCAUUUUGAAGAAUUUGAACUUUAUUCAUUUUAAUAUUAUAUAUUAUAGGACUAUCGAACAAAUAAAACUAGAAAUGGAAACCAAAAGCAAUAGCAAAGCAUCACAGCAAAAAAGUCUAUCAUAAAUGACUUGAAUCUAUCGCUUAAAUCCAAUAUACGAAACUAUAACAGUAUUCUGAACUUCGUCUUCGGAUUGACAUCAGACUAUAGCCGGUAUAGUACAUUUUGAGGUCGUCGUGGCUUCACGGAUUAUUCUCAUUAGUGAGCAAGUCAGCAAGCGAAGGCAUACAAAAGAUACCCAAAUAUGUACGAAUAAUUUAUAUAUUGUCGAUCCUCGCUGGCAUGUCAUUUAGAUAAAUAUAUAUCGUACAUUAAACGUUGUACUGUUUACUGUAUAUUAACUGCUGACAAUUUCGUCGUCGAUACGGCUUCCACUAUUGGCACACUCGUGAUUUCGAAGAAAUUAAUAAAUACAUGCUCAUUUAUCAUUUAUUUAGACCACAGUUAGUAAAAUUUUAAACGUAUUCGGUAUUCCAAAUCCCAAUCUAUCUGACCGUAUUUUAGUAAUAGCUUCAAAAUAUUCAGAACAUUGUUCUUUCAGUCGCACAUAGUACAAGUAUUACUGUACAUUCAAAGCCAAUGGUAGUUUAUUCGGCUUUAUAUUUGUAUGUGUAUUGAUAUCUAUUUAAUAUUUGAAGAAUUCUAUAUUUUUCCGAGUAAUAUAUUGUGCGGCCCGCUAAUGCUUUGUAUUAUUAUUGUUCAUGUUGCACAAUGUACACGCCUUGCGUCAAUUUGACAGUUGACAGUUUAUUUAUCGCAGUCGACGCUGAUUGGUUAGCGUUUAGCAGAUGCGAAAAGGGGAUGAAUGAAUAAAACGCAUGGUUCCGUGCAGGCUCACCUUUCUCCCAGUGAGCCUGUUCGCAGGCUACAAGAAAUGAGAAGAAUUGAUUUACUAUGGGAAAUCGUGAAAUAUACGGCAAGUUUGCUUUGAAUAUUUAAUGUUUACGAAUUUUGUUGCUUUAAUUUUUUGCGUAAAAACAUGAACUGUUUUCCUUUUCAACGAAGCUCUAAGUUUCAUAAGAUUUGAAGACUGAACUGAAAUUACCUAACAAUUUGUUUUAUUUGUAUUAAACUUAUUCAGUAGCGUAUCCAGUUCGACAAUUUAGUCCCGCUAUGGAAAUAUUCUCGUGUUCAUUGACUGUGAAAACAAUCAAUUUCUAAAGAAAUGAAUAAUGAUUAUUAUUUUGAAUUUGCAUAGCUAAGCGGGACUAAAUUGUCGGGCUGGCUACGCCACUGUCACUGAACUUAUUAUGUUUUAUUAAGUAAAAACAGUGUAUCGGCAAAAUGUAGUUUAGUUGAAUGAACAUUUCAAAACAUUUUACGAAGCGUUUCAAGUUAAAUUUUACAUUUAAUAAAUCAAAGCUCACAAAAUGCAAAAUAAAAUACCUACAGUAUAUAUUUCGGAAAUUUAUUGCUGUAUAGUUAAAAGGACGAAUCUUUCAACUAUUUUGCAGUUUUGUACGAAAAAUAUGAAAAAAUUUAAGAUAUCGUCACAAAAUAGGAAAGUACAGCAGAAGCUGCGCUCCUUCGCCCAGCGGCUACGCUCGUAUUCCAAGAUCCGCCAUGUAAAGUGUAGUGAAAUGUAUCUCAUCGUAAUAUUAAAUCCUAAGAAAACUAAAGCCUCUGCGGAGGAGAGAGCAGCAGAAGUGUAACUUGAGUCGGUGUUUACGUCCACGAAAAUUUUAACUCGCUCACGCCAUCCUGGCUAGUAUAGCCGGAAGUUUUUAUCAGGUUUUGGUAGGUACAAAGUGCCGGUUGUACUAGCCAGGAUUGCGUGAUUGAUGACGAAUCGCUUGUAAAAACGCGGACAAAUACUUGCUUGAGUGAGACUUCUGGUGUACCUUCCUAUUCUGUGAUAUCGUGUUGUCAUGGCAACACUUGAGCGCGAGCCUGCGUUCAGUGUUGGUCAUUUCUGAAUACUUCAUGUUAAUUAAUUUAAUGUUUGGAAAAUAUUGGCGAGGGGUUACUGCAUGCAUGUAUUUCUAGUUACAGUAAGUCGUUAAUUCAGACACAUAAAAUCGCAUGCAACCACACGACAUUUGAAAUUUUAGGAAUAUAGUGUUUCUAAAAUCGAAAAAAUCACACUAAUAUUGAAUGGGAUAUUUGAUCACGUUUAUUCGAAACCAUGCACUUAUGAUUUUUUUCAAACAGUCGAGAGAAGCGAAAGUGAUGAACUGUUGAAAAUUUACAACGACUGUGUCGAUAGUGUUGUCCAGUUUCGAAGUUUUCAUAUCCAAGUUGUAACUAGGUGAGUGGCACCCUCAAGUAUAGAAUAUAAAUUUCUAAAGAACCGAUUCACAAACACUAACUGAACUCUUUUGUUUAACGACGCCAAUCACGAAACAGGUUCAUUGUAACUUCCUAUUUACCAGUAUACAAAAACUUUGAUCUGACUGUAGACCAGAUGAAAUUUUUACAAAAUAAACAAGACAUCGACAUUCGACAAUACAAUUAUCACGAUAACAGCUAUAGCACAUCACUCAAAGGAACUGGAUAAUAUGGUAUAUGGAAACAAUACUGAUUUCCAUUUAUUAAAAAAUACUUCGUAUCUCCAAAUCUUAUUUAUAAUAUUUUAUUUCUUUAAAUUGUUGGGUAGAGAAGUACGUGGGCGGAAAUCCGGUCAGCCAGGGGCCGCGGAACGGGGGCAUGUGCCCCCUCCUUUUUUUAAAAGUGAAAAAAGUGCCCUUUUUCUGGGCUAAAGUGCCCCCAUUUAAAGAACGAAAAAAGUAUGUCUUGAAUGAACGUCCUCUUGCUGGAAAGAAAGUGCCCUUUUUGUAGUAGUAAAGACUCUGUAAAGGCCAUUUCCGACGUUAUAGAGACUCCAUAUUUUGAACAUUUUUCGUUUUGCUCGUGAACGACAUAAAAUCGUUUGAUUUUGGUCAUAUACAAAAGUGCCCCUUUUGGCCAAUACCACUCCACUUUCGAAAUACUUCCGCGCCUCCAGGGUCUUAGCUAGAGGGCCAUGUUGGCCGUGUUAUCGCGGCCAAAAAUGGAAAAAUACGGCUAGAUAAAAUGAACGCGGCUUCAUUAUUUAUAUAAGGCAGUGUAGGUUCAUAAAAUAGGGUGUUGCUACUUACAACAGACAGAAUUUCUUCCUAUUUACGUCGUAAGAAAGUUUGUAAAAUCUACUGUAGUUGUUGAAAAUUGGCAAGGGUGAUCCGUGAUGUUUUAAUGUUUUGAUGGAUAAUGGGAACCAUAUGGUGUUAAAAUGGAUUUAAAUACCCCCAAGAGUUGCCGAAAUAACUUAAUAUUCUAAUGUCAGUGCGCAAUGUGAGCGUAUGCUUACCUUGUAUUUGGUUGCAAAGCAUAGAACAACCACAGGCAUUGUCUGUUGUUGGCGAGGAUAACUAGAACGGCGUGAAUUUGGCUAUUCAAGGUAAUUGACAUGGGCACACCCUGGUCAUUUAGAAACACGCCCAAGAUCUAAAAUCCUAGCUAAGACUCUGGCGGCCUUUGCGGUCAGCGCGCUACCUCGUGCCGCCGAGUGUUAAGUCUACUACUGUACGUACGUCGAGGAUAGGGGAUUUAAUUAAUUCCCUGUACUUAAACAUUCAUGUAAGUGGAGUUUGAUUGGUUCUCUCCUGUGCUUCGAGAAUUUUAUUCUGAAUCCUGCUGUUUUCCUCCUUCACCAUGACGACUUCUUUUAUACCUUCGUUAAGGCCAUUUUCCAUUGCGCAACCUCGUUCCCAGGGCUUUUCCCUUUUUGUAUCUGCGAAGCAGAUAUAUAUGCUAUCGCAAACGUGCCGUGACCGUACCGUAUGUUAACACAUAGCCAUUCAGCGACGAGCUUAUAUAAUUUAAACCAAUUUAAGCCAAUCAGCGAUUCGUUUACAUCAAUUGUUUACGUCGUUCCCGCAUCUAACCUGCGAACGGGCAUUGUUUCGCAUCGUGUAAUUCGUGUUAUUCUUUGCCAUUUUCACAUUUUGGCUCCAAAAAUAUGUUGAUUUUGUCUUGUUUUCACCAUUCUACUUGCGAUAUUUAUAUUCCGAAGUUAUCUAUCAACAUGGAAACUUAUCCUCAUCUGGUAAGUAGUCAAAUACCACAUAUUUUCAUAUUUUAUUAUAUACAUUUAUACAGUAAAACAAUCAUUGUGUAUUAAUAUUUUAAACAGUCAAAACAUAGCAGGCAAUGUAUUUGCCAAUGAACAAUACUACAGGAAACCAAUGUUCUCAGGAGAUAUUGAAUUAAAUCCUGGUUCUCUAUUUUUAGAGUUUAUAAUUAGACAAAAUUUUUACAAACAUUUUCAAUUCAUUUUCAAUUUUCAAAACAUUUUCAUAAUUUCAUUGUCAUUUUGCUUUCUAACAUAAAUGUUUUUGCUUAGAGAUUAAUACAAGAAUGAUGAAUAAAUGUACUGGAUAUUGGAUGGAUAAUUUUGUCAGAAUAACAGCCACUUGCAAGACAAUCUUAUCUAAAUUCAUUAGUAUGGAAAAUAACUUGACAGCUACAAUAAUUAUAUAUUAGUUGAUAUUAUACGGAUGGAUCAGAUCAAUGGCACACAAUAUAUGUACAAAACUAAACUUGUGAUAUCUUCUACUCAAACCGAUAUGCUAGCUGUGUCAAAGUGAACAGUGUCUUAUAUCAUUAACUGUGUACAGGAUUGGAAUUGAAUUAUAUACUACACUUAUGACCUUCAAAAUAUUCUCUACUAUUCAGUGUUCUUCGACUAUGAUUGACUCAUUGCUACAGUAAUGCAUGUUCCUCCACUCAAAUAGUUUGUGUAUGUUACUCAAUAGUUAACGUUGCCAAGUGUAAACAACAAGUGACAGAACUUUUGUUUCAUAUGACUACAAUAAAGUUUUGAAAAUUUGAUAUGUAUGGAGAUUGACAAGUGACAGUUUACUAAAUAGCCUGCUGUAUAGACACUUCGAAUAUUGUUUUCAUGAAAUUUUUAUUCCUGACUGCAUAAUUAUCCAUUACAAUCAUAAUCACAUUAUAAAAUCAGUUAAAUUUUCUUGGCGGUGGCAGAGGGGGGGGGGGUGUAGUUGCCCUUCUCAGUAGUGGGGUGGGGGAGUUGCCCCUGCUGCCCUCUGCACUGUAUACAGCCCUGUUAGAUGUGUAUUAUGUUUGACUUUAAAAUCCUAUUUGCUAUUAUAUUAUAAUAAGUGAUGAAAUAUUUCAAUUGUCCCCUGUCAUCUUCAUUAUUCAGUUCCUUUCAAGAAAAUACAAAAUGUGAAUCAAGUUUUUUCGCAGAUACAUGUACGCGUCGCGUACCUAUUUUUGUCAUUGGGAAGGCGGGAAAAGGCCCUGGCACAACCUAUGGGCACAACAGGUGGGAAAAUUGACUGAGCAUGCGCGAAAACUGCUCGGGUUUUCAGCGGGAGAAGACGAUAUGCGUGCUUCCACUUGAUUGAUUUAAAAAACAUAAACAACAUGAACGAAGCCUUCGAAAGACAAUUUUGCAGCGGCUGUCUAAGCCCACAAAUCACCACAAAAAUUGGAUUUACUGACAAAAAAUGUUGCAGUAAUACUUUGAUAUCCUCUAUUGCCACAUAUUGUACAAUGUAAACUAUUAAUAUCGAUUAUUUCAUUGCAAAACAAAAUAGAGCAAAAACUUUCCUUUUAAAAUGUCGUCUGAUAGCUUCAUAAAAUGUCAAAUUCAAACCAAAAAUACUAAAACUUCUUCAUUUUUACAAAGCCAAGAAAUUUAAUACCGACUUAAAAUGCUUUGAAAUUUAAUGUAAAACAGCGAUAUUUCGUUGGCACAACCUGUAACAUGACAAAAUUUGUGUUUAUAGAAUUUUGAACGAGCGAAAAUUGUGUUUAAAAAUAAUACCAUGUUUACUAUAUGAGAUAAGAAAUAUUAUGUUUAAAAUCAUGACUGGCAAAUUAGCAUGUGCGAAUUGAUGCUUCACACCCCAGUAAAGCUUGCAUGCUUCAAUCUUGCUGUUACCAUCUGCACAUUAUCAGGGUGGAGAAUUGAUUUGAAUUUUUGGUCCCAAAGAAUAAAUGUAGAGAAUAGAUUUUCCAUCACAAAAGGGGCAAGGUGCCCAACCAGUUAGCAAGACGGCAUGUACUUUAAUGGACCAUGCAUUAUACCCUCGGGUGGGGUGGGAGAUUCUUGUGUCAAAAUGUCAUGGGACCCCCUUUUUUAAUCUCUUAAUAAUGGAGACCCCUCCUAAAUAUGUAAGACUGUAUAACAUGAUGCAAUUCUAAUCUUCAUUCGUGUGAAUGCCUGACUGUGAAGAAAAUACAUUUUGCAACAUACACUAUAAGAGCUAGAAUGAUUGCUUCCUUUGGAUGAUUUGUCUUGGAAUUAUAUUAUCUCUAUUACAACAAUUCUUCCUAUACUGAAACCAGUUGCUAUUCUGUUUUUACAACACAACCCUCCCCCCACAAAAAAAAAGACUCGACAAAUCAAGGACCCCCUCCAUUUGUUCCCACCCUACCCUAGUGUAUAAAUAAUGAAUAGUCCCUAAAUUGGGAUAUUGUGCCAGCAAAAUAUAUUUAAUUUGAUGGUAACUGUUCUGAGAAUAUAUUAAUUUAACUCAUCGAGUGGCAGCAUUCUCCCCUUGGGGAGUGGGGCACAUUGCCACUAUAAAGGUUAAACAAAUUAAUAAAACUUUUGCAAUGGUCUAUUCAAAAAUCUCUAUUUGUAAAUUUUAAUCGACUUUUAUAUACCUACUUAUACUUAUAGCUACCUUGCCCCAGUCACUUCAAGUUAAUUCUACGGGAGAAGCACUGAGCUAUAAGUGGGGAGAAGGGGGAAAUUGCAAAUCCCUGGGUUUACUUGGUAAAUGUAAUAAUUGAACCAUGCAUUACAUGUAUAUGUAGAGCAGUUUUAAAUAUAAUUUUAUCAUGCAAAAUCCUUGAUAAUUGUUUCUUAAACGUCUUUGGCUUAGAAUGGGUACACUGUCCAAAGGUGUUUAUUUACAAAGGUGUAAAUAUACAUGUCCAAAAGUAUAUUUACACCAAUGUAUAUAAUUAAUUUACUAUAAAGCAAUGUAUAUAAUUAAUUUUUAUUAAAUAAAAUGUGGAAUAUUUUACAAAUUGCAUUACCAUCCCAAAGUGUACAUUAUUAUCAAUAUAAUUAGGACUUACUCACAUGAGUUUGACUCUGACCCAGCACCCUUGGCUAGCUACUUUGCCAGAUCACAAGUGGAAAACCUUCACCCCCUUUGACAAAUCAGUCCAGAUCCGCCCGAGAGGCAGGAUUUUCUGGAAAAUUAUUGGCAGUAAAGUGAAAUUGUUGCAUAUUUUCAAGCAUGCAUUAUUGCAUUGUAACCUGAUUUUCAAUCAAGCGCGUUUGCAGAUCAGACAUUGUGGCAAUGGCAAGAUCUAGCCUGGACGCAUAUGAAUACAAUCUUAAAAUGUCAUAAAAACAAUGCAAUUCAAGGCCAGAUUGCCAGCCCAACUCCUGCAAACAGCCCUUUAUUACACAUUCGAAGCAUCCCUUGAGGCAUCAAACACAAUCAAGCUGGAAACGGUGCUUUGAUAUAUACAUUAUGUCUGAUGUCUAAAGACACCUGCACUUUCAUAUUGAAAUUGUUUUAAGGGACUGGUCAUAAAGUAACUGCUAGGGUGGGCUGUACAGGUAAAUCACAAAUUUUGCCAAUAAGUUUGGUGACCCAUCUUAUAGGAUGUUGAUAAAAAUUUCAAAGCCCAUCUAAUCCUACCAAAUUUAUUUCAUGACCCACCCACCCAAUCUAAAUUGGGAAAAUACAAUUUUAUAAUAAAAAAAAACUUUUGCAGGUAUGAAUAUUGUAAAUAUACUCCGGCACUGUAUUGACAUACAUAAUUCCACCAAGCUUGACCAACACAUUCAUCACCAAUUACGAUAUUGAGCUGCUCUCCAUUUGGUUGUAUUUGCUGUGAUUCUACCACUUCUUGUUGUUGUAUAAAACAAAGUACUGGCUUCAAUAGCAUCAUUUGCAUUUGAUAAUAUGGAGAGUUUUGUUCAUUUUAUUAUUAAUAUCUUUAUGUAAUAUAUAAUUAACAUGGGUUUUGUUUGCUGGCCCAACCCUGGAGAUACCAAUAAAUUGGAAGCCCAUCAAACUGCCCAAAGAUUUUCCAUGGCCCAUCUCAAAUCACUCCAGCCCUCCCUAACAGUUACUUUACGACCGGUCCCUAAUAUCAUCAAAAUAAAACACAUCAGAAAACUGUAACAUCAGCAUCAAGAAUACCCACUUAUUACGACGGUCAACCCAGUGUUCUCCAAUAUGCUAUAGGCCCUGUGUUCCUUCAUUGGGAUGGAAGUUGUUCGACCUAUCAACAUUUCUUUUCACACUUACGAACAAAAUUUGAUAGCAAUAUGAACACCGAGGUGAGCCUUUGUGACCUUGUUAUUGGUUCCGAUGAAGAGAAAGCUAUCUUAAAAGCAAUCGAACAAAGCAAUCGAACAAAGCUUUCCAAGUGCCACACAACUUCUUUGCCUGCGCUACCUUGAAGAGAAUGCCCGCCGUCAUUUACAGCAAAAAAAUGAAAUCUCUUCGAUCUUUGGGAAAGAUGGACUCAUAAAUAGUAAGGAUCUCGUAGAUUUGAACUUACAUACCUUCCUUUAUCGAACACGAUUUUAGACGUUUCUCCUAACUUUGUGACAUAUUUUGAAAAAUCUCUCGUGACACGGCUACAAGAUCAUGUUUUCAAGCCAAAGAUAUCAGAAAGCUGGAUACCUUUAAACUGGACUAACAAUAAUUGUGAAUCGAUUAACAACAUUUUAAAGCUAUCUACCAACUGGAAAGCCUAAAAAAUAUAUAUGUAUAUCUUAAAAUGUAUACUCACUUGGAUUACAAACCCUAACAUUCUAAUAUUAAUUCCACCAAAUGAAGUGCAAGAAUCCAAAUCAUUGAAGUCCACCUUAUCACAACCCGAUUACCUAUAUAUACAUGAACUUACGGUUACAGCUCAACAGCUGGCCUCUGUAGCUCAGUUGGUUAGAGCGCUGCACCGGAAUCGCAGGGCCGUAGGUUCAAUUCCUACCAGAGGACCUUGUGCUGCAUUUUUCGCAGUCGUUCCUGGUUAGGUCUUAAAAUGUAUAUAUACUCACUUGGAUUACAAACCCUAACAUUCUAAUAUUAAUUCCACCAAGUGAAGUGCAAGAAUCCAAAUCAUUGAAGUCUUCCUAAGUUAAAACACUUGGUCGUGCCAAACUCAGUGUGGAGUCAGAAGAAUGAUGCUGAAAAGAACAAGCAGUUUCAAAAACUUUUAACUUUAAAAGCUGCAAAAAAAGAAAACUGACAAUAUUCUCAACUGAUGGUGGUUUGCAAAUUCCAACAACACCCAGUGUUGCAGUGACGGAAAUCUUGGUGGGGCGUGGGGGCGACCGACCCUCCCCCCACCUUUACGGAAAAUGCCGAAUUUUCGGAAAUUUUGACCGGGGGGGUUUGUCGGAAAUUUGAAAGUUCUGUCGGAAAUUUAGGAGGCUUUGCCCCCCCCCCGGAAAAAGUGAAUUUCCGCCACUGCAGUGUUGCAAGAAAACCUGGGCAACGCAAGCGUGUCCGAAUAGACCUUUACCCUUAUGAGUGAAAUUUUGAUCUAGAUAUGCCUGCACAAAAAAUUCAUCACAGCUUGAAAGAGCAUCACAAAAUUAGUAAUAUUCCGAAGUUUCGUUGCGAGAUGUUGUAAAAUGCGGAUAAUAUAGCCUUGCGAAGUUUGCCGUUUUUCAGUCAUUGUGUAUAACAAAUGGAAAUUGGUAAUCAGUUUGAUCAUCUGAUUAUCAAUUUCCCGUUUGUAAUGCAAAAUGACUGAAAAACGGCAAACUUCGUAAGGCUAUAUAUUAUCCGCAUUUUACAACAUUUCGCGACGAAACUUCGGAAUAUUACUAAUUUUGUGAUGCUCUUUCAAGCUGUGAUGAAAUUUUUGUCCAGACUUCUCUAGAUCAAAAUUUCACUCAAAAGGGGAAAGAUCUAUUGCAAGGACGAACAGCAUAAAAAAAAGAAAACUUGAUUGACUUUAAUGUAGUUAGGGUAAUGACUUAUAACCAUAUAGCUGGUAAAUUUUUAUAUGUACAUCUUUAAAAUAUAUAAACUUGUACAGUCAUGUAUUAUAUAUAGAAAAUUAUGUCAUUAAUAUACUUAGUUUUCUACAAUGUCUUAAUUAUAAUAACAUCACUUGGGUACGAGGUUGCCUACUGUACUGUGUAUAGCCUGAACAUCUGUGGUCCAAUGAUGGACCCAGGCCAAGGCCAAACCAUCCUCAGUCCCUUUCAAACCAAAAUAGUUUUUGUCGUUUUCCUCCAUCAUUUUACUUAUUAUAUUUGAAAUAAUCUUUGACAAGUUUUAUUUGAACUUGUUGCCUCAGCUCGAUCUGUCAACAUCAUUGACAUGCUCAACAUGGGCCACCAACAUUACGUAAAUAAAAUAAUCAAUUUACAAGUGAAGAUUGCAUGAUAAUGUACUUGUCAUUGACCAAUCAGAAUACAUAAAAGUUUUCCCGCCUUCCCAAUGACAAAAAGUCCAUGGACAAGGGUCCAUUGCGGUCGCUUUGCCCGCGCGGGCGGAGCGACUCCAAUUGAAAAUUGCCUUUACCGAACAGUGAACCAUGCAUUUAAACCCUCAUCAGCAUACUAUUAUAAACUAUUCUAAUAAUAAAUUGACUAAAAAGAUGUUUUGUAUCUUCCAAUUUUAUUUACUAUUUUGCUUUAAGUUAAUUAAAUUGUUAACCAAUUUAUAAAAAUCGUAUCAACAUAAAUUCUUGUUUCAAUUAUACAGAUAUGUUACAAUUCAAGCGACCAAAGAAAAAAAACAUAACGAACCCGUUAAAAACAAACUUGUAUACGGCACGGGAGGUACAGGUAGGCCAUGUUGCAUACCCUUGUUUGUUUUUGUUCUAUAUAGGUUAUCCUUGUCAGUCGCAUAUACUGAUAUAGCUGCAGCGGAUUGAAAACUAGAAAUACAUGCAUGCAAUAACCCCUCGCAUUUUCAACCAAACAAACAUAUAUAGUCCCUAAAGAUUUUUUCAAAACAACCAUUAGUUCCUCAUGCAAAAUAUGAAAUUUCAGUUUUUAAAAACAAAAAUCAAAAGAUUUGUUUUAAAAAUCAAGUUUGGCAAUUUUGUUCUAAUUUGUUUUAACAUGAAGUAUAUAGUUAAUUAUACUUCCAAAUUCGUGGCUGCCAUGUUGUCCAUGCAUAGUAACACUAUAUCAUCUCCCCCCCCCCCCCCCCCCUAUAUGCUAUGCCUAUACAGGGUGUCUAAAAAAAACGCUAUGGGAAUUCAACAGGCUGUCGUGCAUCAUAAACGUGGCUAAACAAUUCAAUUUUUAUAUAGUUCGAAAGAACAGUUAUUUAGCUUUUGAAUGAUACUCUUUUUAAAUCGUAACGAUGAGAAAUGGCCACAUACUCGUCAAAUACAAAUUGCCGGUCGAAAGCACAUUCUUCCACCGUUGGGAAUUACAAUUGGAAAACGAAACAUAAACAAUUCCCAAGAGGGAAUUAAAAUUGAAUGUUAAAUUAUCUAAAAUAAGCUCAACUCGUCAAUCUUCGUCUUGGUGGGACCAUAAGAACGUCAUUAUUGCAUUAAACAUGGUUCAAUUAUUAACCCCUGAACAGAGAACAUUCGUAAUCAAAACGUUUUGCGAAACAAGUAGCUACGUUGCAGCAGACUCGCGGUGCUUUCGGAUUGAUUAACUUUGCAUAAUUAAUGCGGUAUUUUCAAUUCCCAACGGUGGAAGAAUGUGAUUUCGACCGAAAAUUUUUAUUUGACGAGUAUAUGGCCAAUUCUCAUCGUUACGGUGUAAGAAUUAUAUCAUAGAAAAGCUAAAUAACAGCUCUUUCGUCCCAUGUAAAAAUUGAAUUGUUUAGUUAAGUUUGUGAUGCACAACAGCCUGUUGAAUUUCCAUAGCGUUUUUUUUAGACGCCCUCUUAGGCAUCAGUCAGCUUAGGAACUGGAUCCGCCCCUGUAGGUAUAUGUUAUUAGAAACUCAAUAAACACUAUUUUAUGUAAAAUUCAACCUCAAAAAUGUUUCAGAUGUUCAUAUACAGCCAUGGGCGUACCGGAAGGAAAAAAUUAGGGGGGCGGAAAGAAAAUUGCCCGACCCCCCCCCGUCGCCAAAAAAAUUUCGGUCAGUGUACCAUUUUAGGGGUCAAAAAAAGUUUCCGGAUAACCAAUAUUUUUCGGAACAUACCACAAAUUUUCGAAAAAUCACAAAAUUUGCCAAAAAAUUGACUUAAUUUUAAACAAAAUUGACAGAAUUUGUCCCAUUUUUUUUUAUUGCAAACCAAAACUGCCCGACUGUUGAUCGAAUAUUGCCCGACUGCCCAAAAAACUGGGGGGGGCUACCGCCCCCCCCCCCGCCCCCCCGCCCGGUACGCCUAUGUAUACAGCGCCUGCUUUUUGCGAGAAUCGCCUUCGCCUUUGAAAUGAAGUAUUUCUGCAUUCCUUCGAGUUUUUUUAAAAAUAAAAGGUUAUUUUAGAAAAAUCAUAGCUCAGUAUAUAAGAAAAAAUUUUAAAGCGACAAAUAUACAAUAAAGUAAAUUUUGAAACGAACAUAUAAACAGUUUACCUUGCAUGAAUAAUCCAUUUUGCCCACUAUAAUAUACGCGUGUACAUGUUUUCUUGUUAUUUCUAUUUAAUACAAAUAUACGGAAGACUACAAGAAAUACAAAUAAUAUAAUGAAACACUGAGUAUGAAUUAAGGCGAGAACUGCAUGUGAUUGCCACUAUUAAAAUGUCUGGGAACAGGUUCGUUAGCAUUAUAUUGUUGCCAACGACAGCAUGCACGCCAUAAACCAUAAUGUUAUGGAACUAAUCUAGUUACUAAAACAAGGAAUCACCUAAAACGACCUAAAACCAUCCAAAACGACCUAAAACCAUCUAAAAUGUCCUAAAACCAUCUAAAACCAUCUACAACGACCAGUAAAAUGAUCUAUAACCAUCUAAAACGACCUAAAACCAUCUAAAACGACCUAAAACAAUCUAAAACGAUCUACAACAACCAGUGAAAUGAUAUAAAACGAUCUAAAAUGGCCAAUAAAACGAUCUAAAACGGCCAAUAAAACAAUCUAAAACGACCGAAACUAUCUACAACGACUGAUAAAACGAUUUAUGAAGCUACCUAAAACGAUCUGCAUAUCAACAGCUCGUAAAACCACCUAAUAGCAAAAAUGUUAUAAUGUUAAAGUCAUAUACCCAUAGUCAUAGAACUAUAUCUUGGUAAGAAUUAAAUCAAUUUAAGGUGGCUGCAUACAGUUUCUCGAAAAGUGGAAAAGACACAUUUCAGACCAAAAAAUUUUGUACAUUGAUAUUUUUAUACAAGAAUGAAAUCAGAUGUCAUGUAUACAACAGUAUUUUGAGAAUCAGAAACUGUAUAAACUGAAAAGUCCGUAAUUGUGGUCACUAUGGCAACAAUGGCAUUUCAAAAAAUGGCUGCUAAUUUGCAUUUAAACUAGUUUAAUUCGAAAACAACGUCGGUGACCCCCAAUUUUUAUUUUAUUAAAAGUUUUUUUUUCCAGUAUGAGCAAUCAUCAGGACAAUUUUUAAAAAAUUCUGUAGAUCCAAAAUUUUUCAAUUAAAUUUUAAUGCAAAUUAGCAGGCAUUUUGAACGUCAUUGUUGCCAUAGCAACCAUGGUUACGCAUUUUUUGUUACAGUUUCCUGCUCUCAAAAAUCAAAAUGCUGUUCCAUUUAGUUUCAUUCCUCUAACAAAAUAUCAAUGAACACUAAGAUUUUGGAUCAGAGACGUGUGUUUUCUACUUUUCAAGAAACUGUAUGGAGCCACCUUAAAUGCAACACAACUAAAGAGUUAAUAAGGAGCCCCAUAGGCAUAGGUGACAAUUAAAUCCAUUUCACGAUUUUCUUGUUAGUUUUACCACAUGUGUUUUACCGUUUUAGAUCGUUUUAUUGGUCGUUUUAGAUAGUUUUAGAUUGUUUUACUGGUCGUUGUAGAUCGUUUUAAUAUAAUAUAAUAUAAUAUAAUAAUAAUUUAGGUCGUUUUAGAUGGUUUUAGGUCGUUUUAGAUAGUUUUAGGUCGUUUUAGGUGAUUCCUUGUUUUAGUAACUACGAUGGAACCAAACCAAAGACCAAACCCUCUUCAAAAAUCUUCCAGUUUCCCCAAUAUAAAGCAUGCCACAUCUAUACUGCAUGAUGUGGCAUGCUUUAUAUUGUAUAUAUGAUUUUUUAUAUUGUAUGAUGACGUUAUUACGUAUAAUACAUCGAUAUCAGUCAUACAACUUUGUGAUAUAUACUAAUCAUUGAUUAUUGUACAUUUUAUUUUCAAGAGUAUAUGUCAUUUCUUAAAAGAGUACGGAGUGAAACGUCUGAAGUCAAGAUAAGUUAAAUGGAACAAUGAAUUGAUGCGCAUAUCUGUUGAAGCAGAUUAGUACUGAAAUAUUGUGUUUGUUUUCAAACCGGCAUUAAUCAGUGACUUUAUAUAUAGACAUAGUAUACUAUCCUAUGAUUUUAUACCAACAGUGCUAUACGGAGAUUAUUUCAUUAUACACUAAUACAAUUCAUUCAUUGUUUAAAUCAUUAUUUUUAGUAUCUACAGGGUGUAUAAAAAAAACUGAACCCUUUCAAAUUCAAAUUAGCUAUAACGUAUUGUAGUAAUUUGACAGCUCUAGUUGCCUUGAAUUAAUGGUUGGGUAAGAACACAAGGAGCUGUAUUUCUUUUAAAUUUUGUAAUUUUUAUUUCGUUGAGUUUUGUUCCAUGAGUACAAGACCUAGUGUUCUUAUCCAACCAUUAAUUUAAAGCAAUUAGAGCUGUCAAAUUACUACAAUACGUUAUAGCUAAUUUGAAUUUGAGAGGGUUCAGUUUUUUUUAUACACACUGUAUAGCUACAUCUAAAAGACUAAAUAUAUAACAUUGACAAAUCGUAUAUUUCUAUAGUCUAUAUAGGUGACCAUAGGUAAUUGUUUUAACAAUGCUUCCAGGACAAGUGGAGCCCAUGUCAGUCAUUAAUAAAAGUGAUAACCUUUCAUAAAUAGGUAUUAUACUUUGACCGUGCUCCAACAUGAGUAUGAGUGCAGCAUGAACUGGAUUGAAUAUCUAUUGACAGUAUUGACUAUAUAUCGUUCUAAUGAAUUUUAAUUCAGCAAGUUACACGCAUGCGCAAAUUUUCCUAUUCAGGCGCGCUUGUCGUUUGCUCGCCGCACACGAGAAUUUUUUUGUCAGGAAUGACGAAAAAUAUCAAACAUGUUUGAUAUUUGGUUUACAUGUCACGAAUGACGAAAAUGCCGUAAAUGUUGCCCGCACACGAGGAAAUUUUGUCGAUCCAACUUGUCACGAAUAACAAGUACGCGCAACAAGUGCGCUCGUGUGCGGCGGGCUUUAAAUUCACACGCCCUAGCUUUAAAAGGGCGUGUGAAUUUAACAAGUCACAUAUUAUUAGCACUGAUGAAGAUCCGGGCUUACGGAUCGAAAGUUUUGCAGCAAUAAAUGUACGUGGUGUUUUUCCACAAACAAAACUAUUAUAUGUUUCGACUAUAUUUGUCUAUAUUUCCGUCAUCAUCAGGAUAAAGAAAUGUAUAUAACAAUAAUACGAAGCAUUAGCAAGCCGCACGAUAUAUUAAAUAUAGACUCCAGAUAAUAUAUUACGAGUUAAUCUAUACAGAUUCAAAUUAAAAACCGAAUAAAAUACUACCAUUGAA